AUGGAGGGAAGAUCAUCCUCCGGUAGCAUCGACAUGAACGAGGAGAGGCUGACGGCGGAGAUGGCGUUCAAAGACUCCACCUCCGCCGUCAUCAAAAUCCGCCAACGCCUGCCCGACUUCCUCCAGUCCGUCAAGCUCAAGUACGUCAAGCUCGGCUACGGCGGCUACUCCCGCAGCCCGGCCUCCUUCCUCCUCAUCGUCCCGCUCUUCCUCGCCACGCUCCACCAGUUCACCGGCCUCGAACUCCACCGCCUCCACCAGGUCUGGUCCACCCGCUCCCUCCAGCUCCAGGACGUCGACGAGGCCACCACCCUGGCGGGCUCAGCCGUCCUCCUCUUCCUCAUGGGCCUCUACUGGGCCAAACGCUCCAGGCCCAUCUACCUCCUCGACUUCGCCUGCUACAAGCCCCACGACGACAGGAAGAUCUCCAACGACUCCUUCCUCCAGAUGUCCCAGGAGAGCGGCAGCUUCCAGGACGAGACUCUCAACUUCCAGACCCGCAUCGCCCAGCGCUCCGGCCUCGGCGACGAGACGUACCUCCCACGUGGCAUCACCUCCCGCCCUCCCAACCUCUGCAUGGCCGAGGCUCGGAAGGAAGCCGAGGACGUCAUGUUCGGCGCCCUGGACGCCCUCUUCGACAAGACCGGCGUCAGCCCCAAGGACGUAGGCAUCCUUAUCGUGAACUGCAGCCUAUUCAAUCCCACCCCUUCCCUCUCGGCCAUGAUCGUCAACCACUACAAGCUCCGCACCGACAUCAAGAGCUACAACCUGGGCGGGAUGGGCUGCAGCGCUGGGCUCAUAUCCAUCGCACUGGCCCAAGACCUUCUCAAGGCCAACCCCAACACGUACGCCGUCGUUUUGAGCACCGAGAACAUCACCCUCAACUGGUACUUCGGGAACGACCGCUCCAUGUUGCUGUGUAACUGCAUCUUCCGCAUGGGCGGGGCGGCCGUCCUGCUGUCCAACAGGCCUCGUGACAGGUCACGCGCCAAGUACCAGCUGGUGCGCACCGUGCGGACACACAAGGGCGCGGACGACAGGAACUACAACUGCGUGUACCAGAAGGAGGACGAGACCGGGACGGUCGGGGUGUCGUUGGCGCGUGAGCUGAUGGCGGUGGCGGGGGACGCGCUGAAGACCAACAUCACGACGCUGGGACCGUUGGUCCUGCCGCUGAGCGAGCAGCUGAUGUUCUUCCUCACGCUCGUCAGGCGGAAGGUGCUCCACGCGCGGGUGAAGCCGUACAUCCCGGACUUCAAGCUGGCGUUCGAGCACUUCUGCAUCCACGCCGGGGGGAGGGCGGUGCUGGACGAGGUGCAGAAGAACCUGCAGCUCAGCGAGUGGCACAUGGAGCCGUCCAGGAUGACGUUGCAUCGGUUCGGGAACACGUCCAGCAGCUCGCUGUGGUACGAGCUGGCGUACAGCGAGGCCAAAGGUAGGGUGGCGGUCGGGGACCGGGUGUGGCAGAUUGCUUUCGGGUCCGGGUUCAAGUGUAACAGCGCGGUGUGGAAGGCGUUGAGGCCGAUCGCGGUGACGGAGAUGAAAGGGAACCCAUGGGCCGGGUCGGUGGAUCGGUACCCGGUCAAAGUUCCCGCCGGGUGA